CGCGGGACGCGGUGCCGCGCUUCGAGGUUCGAGCGAGUCAGUCAGUAAGUUGACAUUAUCAACGUGCCGCGUGUGUCGCGUCCGGUCCCGAUGACCGCAGUCGCCUCGAGUUUAACGACGUUAUAAAUACGUACUCGACGAUACCCGUAAGAAGUGAAACGAGUGCCGUCGCAUCGCGUCGUGUGGUGUUCAUGUUGUGAUUUGUCAGUGAUUGAUGUGAAGUUGCCGGUUACGCGCAUCGCUGAUUCUUGAUCAACGUAAUCGACAGACUCACGGCUAUGUAUUCGACGCAGGGGUGACGGUUAUCAUCCGUGCCGCGAUGCCAACUUGCAGUGCGCUUUGCCUUCCGUAAAAAUACGAGAUCUGGAUUCAUCGAAGCUGCUGAGAAAUCAAGAGAGAAUCUUUGAACUGCUGCUGUUCAACCGUCUCGCUUACAGAGGAAGAGCUCCGCAUCAUCAAUUCUGGACUAUAAAUACACACGCCACCGUCACCGUCGUCAUCGAAAUUUGCCGGGGUAGAGGAAACGGAAACGCGAACGGAAAGGAAGAGGAUAGGAGAGGAAAUUGUUAUACGAGAAGGAGGAUUUCAUUCGUCAAGACGUGACGACAUCGGUAAUACGCUAUCACAUGGUGCAGACAGGCAUGGCUGCGCCUUACGGUGGGGGUGUAUUUCCCCCGGCUGUAAACGGCGUCGGUGGCGUCGUCGGCGCCGCGGGAACCGCCGGGGAUGUAAAACCCCAGCCACCCGUCACGAUUAAGGAGGAUCCGAGCGGAGCCCCCCAGCAACCGCCGCCUGGGGCCCAGCAGGGGGCCCCGCAACCCGGGGCCCCGCAUCAAGCCGCCCCUGGGGCUCCGACGGUCGCAAGUUUCAGUCCACCUCCACCGCCGAACGGCGUCGAUCAGCAGGCGAUGUCGGAGGUGUUUCAGGCGGCGGUGGCGGCGGCAGCUGCGGCGGCGGUCGCGGGGGGCGGAGGGGCCCAACCACAGUCCCAAAAUCAGGGACCCGGCGGCGAGGGAAAUCCCGAGGGUAACGUCGAGGCUGCGAGUUUGGUGCCGGUAACGUCGGGCGCAACGACGCCGGCAACUGUGACGCCCGGUGCCGACCUCAAGGGACAACCUAAACGGCUACACGUCAGCAACAUACCGUUCAGAUUCAGAGAUCCGGAUCUAAGGGCGAUGUUUGGGCAAUUCGGACCGAUCCUCGACGUAGAGAUUAUUUUCAACGAACGCGGAAGCAAGGGAUUCGGUUUUGUAACAUUCGCAAAUAGUGCAGACGCGGACCGGGCACGCGAGAGACUUCACGGCACCGUGGUUGAGGGCAGAAAGAUUGAGGUGAACAACGCCACAGCGAGAGUCCAGACGAAAAAACCACCGACGGUGCCGAACGUAUGCGUCCAGUGGCCAGAGGGCUACAGGUUACCGGCGGUGCCUUGGAGCUGGUUGGGUGCGGCGACUCCUUCGGCAGCGGCGGCUGCGGCUGCGGCAGCGGCAGCGGUCACUCCGUCACCCGCUGCGGCGCCGCUGGUCCUGGCACCCAGAGCCGCGGCGAGACGGAGCGUCUACUAUGAUCCCUUCCUAGCGGCACACGCCGCGACGCAAGAUCCUAACUACAGGCUCCAGGUGGUUACUGGUCAUAACGAUUCAGGAUUGCCGUUUGUGUUUCAGACAAAAGCGCCCGGUAUGGAGAUGUUACAGGCAGCUGCAGCAGCGGCCGCCGCGGCCUCUUCUCCGCUAUUGAAGACCCCUUUGUCGACGUCGCAGCAAGCCACGUAUGCAGCGGCAGCAACCUACACAGCAGUUGCGGCUCGUGCCUACGGAGCAGCCGCAGCAGCAGCCCAACCUGUCGCAGGCUACGCAGCAGUGGCAGGUUAUGGUCGCGAAUACGCAGAUCCUUACCUCGGACACGGAAUUGGACCAGUAGCUGGUUAUGGGGCCACGGUGUACAGAGGUGGUUACAACAGGUUUGCACCCUACUAAAUAGAGAAAGAAGAAUGAAAAAAAAUCAGUUCAAGUUUGGGGAAUAAUAUCAUUGCUGUUCUCUCGGAGUUUCACAAGGAAAAAUACUAAAUAAACAAACGAAUGAAUGAAAGAAAGAGAGACGAAGAAGAAGACAUAGGGAGAAACGUAUACUCAGCAGCAGAUACCAUGACAGCCGGCUAAAAAUUGACACAAUCGUUGUGACCAGAGCAAUUCGCCAUUCACCAUCUCCUCAACGUUAAGCGUCCAUCUUCGUGAUCAUAAAAAAAAGAAAAAUGACAAGUUGGAAACGAUAUUAAAAGAAAAAAAGCUGAUAUCUGGAUUUCACCCAUACCGAUGCUACCCUCGUCGUGUAUAGCACAGCAGUUGCAUGCGCGGCGUUGUAUUCGCACAUGCUACUCAAAGAAAAAAAAAACAAAAGCGCUGUCUAAUUACGCAAGCCAAAUUAUCAUGUUAAUAUAAUAAUAAUAAUAAUAACGAUAAUAGUAAUAAUAUAAUAAUGAAAUAAAUAAAUGAAUAAAAAGUUAGAUGGUAAUGUAAUAGAUAAUUGAACCACAAUAACUUGUAAACUAAUUGGAAAAAAAAACAAAAAUUACUUUUAUUAUUAUACUUGUAUGUAGUCUCGGUUGGUGGCAAGCUACAUGGAGUGUAAUUAUUGUAAUUGAAAAUAAUAAGCAAGGAUCUGCGAAGUUUGAAACGACGAGAAAAUUGUUGAAAACACAACAAAGGCCACCGCUAGGUAUCGAUUGUUACAUAUAAAAAUAUACAAGUAAAGUAUAGUAUAUACCGAGUACGACACGAUAAUGUGUGCGUGUUGAAUAUUUGAGUUCUUUGAACAAAAUAGAGAAGAAAGAUAUACAGCAAGAAAAAAUCAAACGUUGUGAACUAGAGAUUAUUGGUACGAUGAGCUGUUUGGAUACCGAACAAAAGAGAAGCUGAAUGAGUAGAGAAAGAAGAAAAAAAAAUAAUGGGAAUGAUAAUUUGUUCACAGUACUCGAAAUUAUUUAUUACACAUAUAUUACCAUAGUCUAUAAUAAUAGAAAAUAGAAAUAAUAUUAUUAAUAAUUAUAAUAGUAAUAAUAAUAAUAAUUAUUAUCGUAAGAGAUACAGAACUUAUAGGUAGCUAGAUAUUAGGCUGAUAUAAGUAGACGAUUAUCCUACGUAAAAUUAAACUUGGUCAAAAUGAAUAGGCAGAAAAAGAAAAAUGAAAAGAAAUAAAAAAAAAACGACGUCAGAAGAAGAGGAUGAAAAGGAAGGUUCUUAUGCCAAAUAAAUGUGUAGGUUUGAGGAACCGAGAAUUGUAGAUGAUAUACGAUACGUAGAAAUAAAAGUUAUUUACGAUACGUGCAUAAAAGAAAAAAAACUAACGAACAAAACAAAUCGGAUUGAAUUGAGAUUUAGACCACCGCAUGUUUCGUGCCACGGGUGUUGGUGAAUAUUAACAGGGUCUAGUCAAUCGACAUUCAUUCAUUCAUUCUGUAGGAGAAGAUAUUAUAGAGACAAGGAAACUUUAGCUCUGUCGAUUUGAAGAACUCGAAAAUCAAUUUUUAAUUGUUAAUAAUAAUAGUAACAUCAACAAUAAUAAUAGUUUCUCAAUCGAUAUUUAAAAAAUUCAAAUCUCAGAGUCGUGUGUGUAGAUAUUUUCACUCGAUUAUACGUAUUAUGUAUUACGCCGGUACCUGUACAACUCUGUUUGAAAAUCGUUCCAGUUACCGUUUACCUUUUCAUACCUGUAAAAAACAAAAGAAAAAAAACCAAACCAAAAUGAACAGCUUUUUCGAUUAUAUAAAAUAGAUAUUUCUAUUCAGCAAUUGAAGUACCGGGAAUUCAGAGACAAUUUUCAACUAAUCUGAUUCCCCGUUCGUCUCCCUCGCCAAACUCUCCUUUUCGACGCGUAGAGUAAAUAAUAUAUACAAAUUGUCAGUUGUAAAGCAAGAAUAACCGUGUAACUGAUGAAGAAUCUGAUCUUAGACGUAACGUAGAACUUUUGGCAAAGAAAAUGCACAACCACACUCAUCCACACUCUUGAUGAAUACGUUAUACGUGCGAGCACGCGUGUAAAGUAUUUGUGUAUAAUAAAUAGUAAGAUUAAAUAGUAGUAAUAAUAAUAAUUUCAAAUAGAAAUCGAACUGAUAUUAGUACACGAUAUAUUCGUUUUUUCGAAGCAACCAAAUCAAUCAAUAAUUGUUAUAUAUAUAUUUAUACUGUUAGUUUAGAGCGUGACGAACAUGACACAAAUGAUUAUUUCUUCAAUUUACUUUCAUUUCUUUUGCCACCUUCUCAUUUUCUUCACUUUUUAUCUCUUAUGCAUUCUCAAAAUCUCCUUGCUCUUUGUCCCCGCGUGUCACGAACAGUCUUUCGAAUUGGAGUUUGGUUGAUCGAAAACCGACAAACAAAAUAAAACUUAUCAUGUAUUUAACAACCGUUUAUUUAUGAAGCUUUCACUAUUUCACUCGCGGUGUACGAAGUACAAGACUUUUGACACAUGAAUCAUUAUUCAUCAAUGUCCAAUCAAAUAGCACACGGUUGACACUGACGCAAUGAGGUGAAAUAAUUAGUUGGUUGAAGUUGAUGGUUGAACAUUUGGUAAAAAAACACAUCAACAGCACUAUCAAAGCCCCAAAUUGAAUUCAGUUAAUUUAAAUCCAACUCUUUUAGAUGUAUAUGCACAUAAAUAGGUACACGACAAAGCUAAAACAAUAUAUUGCUUCUAUACUGCAUCGAUACAUAAAAUACUCAAAAAAUUGUUAGAAUAUGCGAUUGCGUUACCGAAUGAAUGAAUCAUAGAAUAAAUUGCAACAAUUUGGACAGACGUGAGGCAAGGAGGAGCAAUGGGGUGGAGAGAAAAAAACAGCAAAACAUAAGGAUGGGGGGUAGACAUCGGAGGGGCCUGAAUUCUGAGCGAUAUUUCCAACUAAUUAUCGUCAGCUCUCGGGCACAAACAAAUAUUAUAAUAAUAAUAAUAAUAAUAAUAAUAAUAAUAGUAAUAGUAAUAAUUAAUCAGAAUAAAAAAGUAAAAAUAAAUAGUUACGAAUUAAGGAUUAACAAUAAUGGUACGCACAUUGAACCGAGUGAGUGAUAUCCUUGUUAAGUAUACAUAUUAUAUACAUGCGUAUAUGUCUGUAUAGGAUUGUAAUAUGUAAGUUGCAUAUAAGAAUAUGAGAUAAAUAAUAAUAAAUAGGUAGGUAGAGAGCGAGAGAACGAGAGAUAGAGGUGAAGUCAUCGGUGAAAGAAUCGGGAAGCCCGAAAGAUAAAACCAAACCAAAUGAAAUCGAAUCGAAUUGCUUGAAGAAAAAUAUCUAAACACAGAUGUAAGUAAAUAAGUCAACUUGGAAAUUAUGGAUGAUGUUUGGUAGCUUGGAACUACGACGCGUAAAUGUGGCAAAAUAUGACAAAAGUUAUUUAGCAAGAAUUUGAAAUUUACUUACAAUUCGUAACGAGCAAUUUACUUCUCAUUCUGGUUUUCUAGUUUCUUUCACUUUUCCUUAUUCUGUUGUUCGUAGAAAGUUUAUGGAAUUGCUGUUACGUCGAGUCAAACGAGGAGGCGGAUAAGAUAGGAUCGAAGGGUGGUUUUUUUUUUUUACAUCUCUUUUUUUUUUUCUUUUUUUAAUGGAGGCGGAAGUGGAGCACAAAUGAUUGCCACUUUCACUGUAUCAUUAGUUGUGAUCUUUUCUAUACGUUCGCGUAUAUCGCGCGCGUAUAUCCACAUAUUCGUGUAUAAUUAUACUUAUGUACAUACAUACAUGUGCACACGCGCGUGAUAAUUAUAACUAACAACGUCGUCUAAUAUUCAUGUCAUAAUAUCUCUAAACUUUAAAGCAUGCGCGGUAAUAACAAAAAAUAAAAAAAAAAAAAAAAACAUGCACCGUUGACUCGGAGUUUAAGGAAAAUGGCUAUAAAUCGAAAGUAUCUUGUCACCUUUUCGCGUAUCUCACGAAAAUUAAUUUUGAUAAUGAUAAAUACGAUGGAAAAAAAAAAUGCAGGCAACUAGGCAGCAAAUAAUAAACGUAGAUUAAAGAAAAUGAAACAUAACAAACUGACAUUCAACAGCCUAAAACAUAAAUAUACAAAAUUAUUACGGAUUAUCCCAGAAACACUUUACUUGUCAUUAUUAUUGUCAUUAUUAUUAUUAUUAUUGUUGUUGUUAUUAUUAUUUUCCUUGUAACGCGAAUCGAGCUUACCGUUAAAUAGGUCGUCGUAGAAAAAUACGUGUCUCUCUAAUUAAAAAAUACAAUAAUAUCAACUGAAAUCAGAUCUGUGUUGUCAGUCUUAUGUCAGCACGGAAAUUAAUUUUACGAAACGUCAAUUUGUGCGAAUUGAUAAGCUUUCAAAGAAACAACUUCGAUGUAAAUAAGAAAAUACGUCAUCAAUGUUAUUAAAAAAAAAAAAAAUAAUAAAAAAAAACACUAAUAGAAGAAUUUAACAUACAUCGUGUCUGUUCCAAGAAUCUAACUAGACGAUGCGAUAUUACACUUUAUACGUAAGAAAAGAAAAACUUUGAAAGAUAUUUAAACCCGAUCCAUGACAGUGGCGAUUGACAUUGAUCUUUUUUUUUUUGUUUCGUUUUUUACUUAGGCUUUUUAAAUGUUCAGUCAUUUUUUGAGAUACUUUUCUUUUAUAUUAAGAGUUUCUUUUUUAUAUAAAUAUAGGUAUAUAUUUUUUAUUACACUGUAUUAUUAUCACAACAUUGUUAUUAUUAUUAACAUUAUUGUUCAUGUUAAAUUGUGAGUCUGACAAGACGGCAGCUUUGAAGACUUGUCCUCAUCCAUAUUAUCUCGAUCUUUCGCGGUCUCCCCUUUAUAUUUGUAAUACAUUAAGAUUGGUACCCUGAAAAAUAAACUCGGGAUGAAUAAAUCGGUUUGUAUCGCGCAAGAUUUGCAACCCUUCGUUGUUCGCCCCCUCUCCUCAUUACCAAGGUUCACAUCUUCUAAUUCUAGUUUCAUAUUCUAGUUUCACAUCAACAUGCUGAAGGCUUGUUAUAUUUACUGUUACGGCACGAUGCGACCGUUGCUACUAUUCCCAGUAAACUGGAACGAAUUGUUUAAUUAAUUAAGAUUUCGCAUGAUUUUGCACGUUUUUGGGAAAGGACAAAUUCGUCCCUCGGGCAAAAUCGACCGACCAAUUUUUGUCGCCAGUUUGUUUUUGCGUGAAGAAAAAAAACAAAUGUCUAUUCUCAAUAUUUUAUAAACGGUAUCGACGAUUCGUUUCAAUUUACCGCGGCCUAUUGUAUAUUACCAUCUUUUACUUCUACAUUAAAUUAUAUAAACUAGCAGCUAGGGUAAGUCAAGCUCAAAAUUUAAACUCGAUAGGCAAAUCUGUGCAUAUAAUAUCGCAGGCGUCUAAGGCUUGUAAUAUCAUAAGUAUAGAAUGAAAAAAGAAAAUAACAAAUUGUUCAGUCGAAGUGCACAAUGCUUUAUAGAUAUAUUAUACACCCGUUGAUGAAAUUUUUACCCUUUUGCUUUCUUCUUAUACAUAGUAUUUCUUCGUUUUUUUUAAUUUUUUUUUUUAAUUCUUUUUAAAUCUUUCAAGUAUUAUAAAUAAGAAAGGAGCCUAAGCGAGCGUGAAGGAAAUGUGUGAAAAUUUCUUAUACAGCUGGUAUAACCGAACAUUUAAUAUCUUUGAAUCAUUUUUCUGAUACAUUGAUAUUUUAACCAAGGAAUGGAUGAGGAAAUGCACGAACAAAUAUGUUCUAUGUUUUCUAUUUUUUUUUUUUUUUUUGUUAUCAUCCAUACUCUGAUCUACUAUUCUUCCGUCUGUUUGUCCGUCUAUCUGCCGAUAUAGAUAUUGAUUCAAUUGUGAAUUAAAGAUAAUGGUUCGUUGACAUGAAUUUAAAACUUGACAUACGCACUUACGAUGUUAUAGUAUAUUAAUAACGAUAUUAUAUGUAAGGAAAAGUAAAUAUUUACCCUAUAAAGUUGGGUGAAAAAGUAUAAAGAAUACAGUUGAAAUUUGAUUAAAUAUUAAUAACACAUCUUACAAGCAACAUAUCCUAGUGUAACGUCUACAUACCUAUAAAUAUUAUAAAUAUACAUAAUUCAGAAACGGGCAAGGCGCUGGCGAUGUGGAUGGAAAAAGAAAAAUAAUAAUCUCGGUUCAUGUAACUACUGAUAGAAAAAUCGAAUAAUCAAUUACUAACAGCUCAUCUUUCACUCUUCUCUCUCCCCUUUAACAUAUUUACAUAGUAUGCGCGAAUGCUUUUUUUUAUACUGACAAACCGCGACGGGUAAAAAAGUAGAUAAAUUAAAACUUAUCCCAACACGCGUUCAUGGUUUGUAUAUUAUGUAUGUAAAUUUAUCAUCUCGUAAGAAUUUUAUCUAGGUUUUAACUAUUCGACUUAAAUAACAAUAUAAGAAAAUCGAGAAGCUCACGCAAUUUUCAUAUCAAAAAAAUUAAUAUUUUUAAAAUCGUUUCAGUAAAUUUUCGAUAUUUCCAUCUUCUCGCUGUCUCUCUUGCUCUCUCCCUCUUUAUAAUCCACAAAUACGAGAAUUUCUCUCACAAAGUUUUGUCAGAAAUUCCAAUUCCCAUUACAUUUCAAGAAAAAUAACGAUUCGUUGAUCGACAAGUCCCGAACGAUGAGCCAAAUAAACCAACAAAAAGGAGAGACUUGAGGGUCGAUGAAAAGUGCAUGGAAAGUAACGUGAAUAACAUCGCCGAGCCUAAUUAUUUUCUUCGUUGUUUUUAAAAAGAAAAAACAAAGCAGAAAAAAAUUAUAUAGCCGAAGAAGUGAAGAGGAAAUACGAAGAAUAAAAAAAUAAAUAAAAUUACCGAAAUUGAAGCAAAAGUAAAAAAAAAAAAGAAAAAAGGAUCGUUCGUAUUCCGUACAACAUGACAUGACAUUGAAUAAGGAAAUACAUAGAUACAAAAAUAUAAAUACUAUAUUAUAAAAAUUAUUCUGACAUACUCUCUCUGCAUAUAAAUAUUAUAAGAAUGCCUGAUCGUGUGGUUAGUGUGUGUGUGUGUGCGUGUGUAAAAUUUCCGUGUGUGUAAUGCUAAUAUACGUAUAAUAUAUUAAAGUGUGUAAAGUUGAUUAAUAAUAAUAACAAUAAUAAUAUCUACCUACGAUUUAACGUACAUACCGAUAAUAAUGAUAAUAGUAAUAAACAUAAUGUUAAUACUAGUAAUCAUAACCGCAAUUUCAGCAGUAACGUCAGUUUUGAAAGACGAGAAAAAAAAAUUAAAAUUAUCGAAUACAAAAUGUCAUGAAAAAUCACAGUUACGUACGCCAUUGUCUCCGCUUUAAAAUUUAACGUAAAAAGAAGAGAAGAGGAUACAUGAAUAAUGAUAAUAAUAAUAAUGAUGAUGAUGAUGAUGAUGACGAUAAUAAUGAAAAUAAUAAUAAUAAUAAUCACACUAAUAAUAAUGAAUAGCAAUAGGAACAGUAGUAAUAAGAGGAAAGCGAAAAAGAAGUAAAACAUACGGGGAAGAAAACAGUACCUAUUAGGACAAAGAUAGAAAGGAGAGGAUUUGAAGAAUAAAUAACAAACCACAAUUAAAAUAAUAAUAAUAAUAAUAAUAAUAAUAGUAAUCAUAAUGUUAAUUAUUAUCACUGCGACGAUAAUGAUCGUAUAUUAAAAGAAGAAACGAAAAGGAAAAAGAAAGAAAACACCACCUGUGAACCUUUAAUAUCCUGUUAUUAUACAUACACGUUAUAGCCGCAUCGCAUAUAUUAUGUAUAAGAAUUCCACAGAAAGAUGAAGAAAAAAAUUUGAAGAACUACAAGCAAGAUAUGAAAAUUUCAAUUUCAAUUUCAUGAAAAUACCAUGACAAGAAGGUGCACCUUUGAACACAACAAAACACACAAAAGAAAGAAAAGAGGAAGAAAACGAGGAAAAAAAAAACCAAAAAAAAAACAAAAAAACAACAAAAAUC